CCAACUACAAACUAUUUACCCUUUGAAACAGAUCAGGACAAACGAAUAGAUGGAAAAACACAGCAAUACCAGUAAUGAAUCAGGACAGGACCUGAAGAAACCCUCAAACUCUCCUCAACCGCAUCGCUGCGCAAAGCAUGUAGAAGAUCUCAUGGUCGCUAUCAUGCAUUUUAAGGUCCAGGAUCAAUUCGGUCUUGUCUGGCGGUGUAUGCGUAGUGAAAAAGGACAAGAACCCCCUCGUCAUUCUCCGAAUGUUAAGCCCGAUCACAAUGUUUGAAAUAAGGAAAUAUACUCCUUUUAUAAAGCAAGGAGUAGAUCAUGUGAAGCAAGAUAUCCCCUCUCAAAAAAAGAACGAGCGCUUCUGGAUCAUCGCGAUUUCCUCGGGACAUUUUUUAUUCAAUGCCAGGGAUACGACAGGAACAUCUUCAAAAGGGCAUGGUCUUUAUUUCUUUCUUUCCUU